AUGCAGAGAGCUGGGCAGCCGGUGGAGGUGGCGCCGUCGUAUGUUUUCCUGGCCUGCAAUCAUUGCUCCUCUUACAUCACCGGCCAGGUCAUUCACCCCAAUGGUACGUCCAACUUGUUCUCUUCACCUACAUUCCAUUUGACGGAGAGGGGUUUGAUUUAUUAUUGA